CUCUCCAUGGUCCACUUGGAUGACCAGCCCAUCGCUCGCUAUGACAACCACACCAGGAUGUUCGAGCCUCUGGUGCCCUGGAUGGAGAUGGCGAAGAUGAAAAGCUAUCUGGACCCUGACUGGGUAUUCAGGGCUGACCUGAAAAGUCCACAAAAUGGCCACCCCCAAAAUGAAGGACUUCACACCUGGCAGGCGAUUUUGGGCUGUGAACUCAGGGAAGAUGGGAGCAAAGGAGGAUAUUUCCACUAUGGCUACGAUGGGAUGGACUUCAUCAGCUUCGACAGUGAGACCUUCAGAUGGGUGACAGCUCAGCCCCAGGCCCAGAAGGUCAAGGAGGAGUGGGAGGAUCAUCCAGGAUGGUUCCAGGAAAAUAAACUCUUCCUGGAGGAGACUUGCCCUGUGUUGCUGACGAAAUACCUGUCCUUUGGGAAGGAAGCUCUAGAGAGGACAGAGCCCCCAGUGGGGAAGGUGAAUUCAAAGGUGGUGGAUGACAGCCUGGAGGUCCUCACCUGCCAGGCCUUUGGCUUCUACCCCAAGGAGAUCCAGACCACCUGGACCAGGGAUGGAGAGGCCUGUGUCUACGAGACCCUCCGUAGGAAUGUGGCCCCCAACUCAGAUGGGACCUAUUAUGUCUGGCUCAGCAUUGAGAUUGACCCCAAGGAGAAGAACCAUUACUGGUGCCAUGUGAUGCAUGACGACUUGCAGGAGCCCCUGCUCUUGUCCUGGAAGAAGUCAGGUGAGAAACUGCAACAUCCGG